UUUAGGAGAUACGCUCUAACGAUCGGAUCGUUGUGGAAACAACAAAACAGUAAGAAGAAACUCAAUCAGUUGGAGUAAAUACGUCGCGCGAGUACGAAGAACGUAGCGCAUGAGUGUAAAUGAAAUUCAAAACUGAAAAGAAAAAGAAAAAUUGUUGUUUAACAAAGUGUGAAAUUAAAUAAAGUUUGUGUUUAAUAAUAAUAAAAAAAUAAACAAAAAUUGUUAUUAAAUUUGUUAUACAGACUAGUGUUAAAAAAUAAGAAAAAUUAAAGCAGUCAAAAUCCAAAAAGAAAAGCUUGAAUAAAACGUAACAACAUUCUGCUAAAAAGUUAAAAAACGCAUUGGAAUGUGUUUAAGCAACGUAAGCAUUGCAAAAGGAGCAAAAAAGCGUUAAAAAAAGUGAUCAAUUUGUGAAAAUCAAAGUGCAUUUUAUACUUGUAACCAGAGAAAACCCCCACCACCAACCAACCACCUCCACAAUGCAAUGAAUGCUUGAGAGUUCAGGCAUAAUAUGUUUGAAUACUACUAUGUAUGUGGUGUGUUUGAAGUUACAACAACAACAACUAUAACAACAAUAAACAACAAAAACUAAAGCAAAACAAAAACAGAAACAGAAAAUUAGAGGGGACCCCAUAAUUUGUACUCGCAUCGCACAUUGAAUUCAAUUCGAAUUGAAUUUGUUCGUUAGAUGUACAUAGUACGUUCUUUCUAAAUAUUAAACACUAAAGUGAGCCAAGUUCAAUAAAAGUACUUGAUCGUGUGUCAGUGUGUUUGUCAGUCAGUCAUUGUUAUCAAAUCAAAUGGUGCAAAAAAAGAAAAGCAAAUAAAAGAGUUGUUUCGCAUUAAUAAAGAUCAAGUCAUAUAGACAGUCAUACAUUCAUAAAAUAAAAUAAAUUUAAUUUAAACAUCAUCAUUAAUCUUAUUCUAAACUUGUAAUGUGAAUAAAACUAUAGAAAAUUAACUAUUGUACGACUAAAAAUAAUAAUAAAAGAAAAAAGUAUAAAAAGUAAAGAAAGAAAAGAAACGGUCUAAACAAAUGAUUAAGUGUUGUUUGUAUUGAAAGUGUAUUAAGUAAAUAAAUACUCAUAAAUAAAUAAAUUAAUGAAUAAAUAAUGACACCCUGUUUGUCAUACUAAUAUUAAUAGUGCAUUAUAAUAAAUAACAACAAAGAAUAUAUGAAUUAUAUUAUUAUUAUUACAAAGAGAUAGAAAAUAAAAACCCACAAUAAAUAUUAAUAAUACGAUUAUUGUAAAUAAAACAAUACAUCUUUAUCUGGAAAUAACGCUACGUAUUAAAAUAGAGAUAUACAAUGGAUAUAGAAUCUGAUGAUUCCGAGCGUUGGGAAGACUUUUUUGGUAGUUCCACAGAUUUAACACCCUCGCUAUUGGGUAUCUACGAUUCACUUACAACAAACUUAGAUACCACAUCAUCAACAUCAUCAUCAUUGACGACGACGACGACGACUAAUCAUAAAACCUUCAAUACCAACUCCACCUCCUUUUCAACAAACUGUGAUACUAGCAAAGAAACAAAUAUAGCUGGUGAGGAUCCACCACCCAGACCACCUUUGGAUGCUUAUCUCAGCCGUUUGGAGAAAUAUGCCAAACAGACUGAGCUAAAAAUUUCACGUACCUCUCGAGACUGUGAAGAGUUGGUGCCGCCUACGCCAUUGGCAAAUUCCAAUAGUGGCAGUGGUAGUUGCAGCAGUAGUUUAAGAGGCUCCCUAGAGUCUGUCUCCUCCAAUGGUGGUUCUGUAAAUAAACAUCGUUCCAACAUACGCAUACUGUCGGCUAAUGUCCAGCGUAUUAUUACACACUCAGAUGCUGAGGCAGUGGAUGCAGUAGAUAUUGAGGCCCUGCAACAUCCCACACGUUCUAGUACUCCCAUACAACAGCAACAUCAACGUUUUGCGAAAAAUACUUCCAGCUCUAAAAACAGCAGCCUCAGCAAUCAUAAACACAAGCUAUCCCAUAUACCGCUGUCUAAAACCACGGGUAAAUUAACCCAAACUGGCACAGAUUUGGUAGAGACUUUUAAUAACGGUUUGAAUGAGGACAGCGAAAACUUUAGACGUUUAAGAAAACCUGCCACGCCCGCCAUUUAUCCCCUGCCAGGAGUGGAUGAUGAUAAAACCCCCACUAAUCCCACAGCAUUUAGUUUUGAUAAACUGGGUGCCCGUAAGCUAAGUCUACCUAGAUGUAACUAUGAACAAGACUAUCUUCUAGCUGAAGCAACUGCUCUGGAGAGCAAGACCAAUAUGUCUUUGGAGUGUUUGCCUACAGAAAAUCCCAUAACAGAAACUAUAAAUUUUGCUGUGGUCUCACAAAAUCUUAAAAAUCUCACCUUAGCCGCCAACUCUAAGGAGUUGCAGGAACCCAGCAGCACCGAAGAACUUUUUAAAAUCCCCAACAAACCUGUGAUCUCACCCCAAAACAGCAAACGCAGUCCUAACCAUCAUCCCUUGUCAUAUGCUCGCUCCAAGAGUUUGGCCGCACGUGAUUUUGCCCAAAAGAAUAUUACCAUUAAACAUACCAAUACCCUGCCACGCUCACAAUUCCUCAAAGAUGAAGAACUGGAUGAGAAUCAAAUAUCAGCCGAAAGCUUGGAUCGUCUGUCGGACAUUAAGUCUAAGUUUUCACCCAAAGAAUCACGCAAAAUGUCCAGUUUAAUGUUGCCCGAUAUUGCCAAACUAAAACAUCGUCCCUUGUCGUCAUCCUCCAUAUGCUCCACCUCAUCUAGUUCGAGUUCCAGUUCGAGUACUGAUCAUAUCAGUGGUAAAUUGAAUACAUCGUAUUUGGCCAGUGUGGAGAGUUUAGCAGAUGAGCAUGAUAUAACGGAUCCUCACAGUGGCAUGACAGUGUUUGAAAGAGCUUGCAUGGAAAUUGUGGAUUCGGAGAGAAGUUAUGUUAAUGAUUUGGGUGAAGUUAUAAGAGGUUAUCUCUUGGAUUGGAAGGAACGUGCCUGCUUAAAACAAGAUGAUUUAGAUAUAUUAUUUUCCAAUAUACAAGAUGUUUAUCAAUUUAAUUCAGAAUUAUUAAUACAUCUCUCCGAUUCCAUAUUGGAUCCACUUAAAAUCGCCAAAUGUUUUAUUGAAUUAAAGGAAGGAUUUGAUGUCUACACUACUUAUUGCACCAGUUAUCCCGAAGCAAUAUCUCUACUUACCAAAUUACUACAGGCCACCCAUACCAAUGCUUUGUUGGCUUCCACCCAAAGAAUGUUGCAUCAUACACUGCCCUUGGGUUCGUAUUUGCUAAAGCCAGUACAAAGAAUAUUGAAAUAUCAUCUGUUAUUAGAUAACUUGCGCAAGCAUUGUGAUAUCAAGGAAGUUAUGCAGGCCUAUGAAAUAAUGCGUCAAGUGGCGCGCAAUAUAGAUCAGGUGAAACGUAAAUUGGAGCAACAAACCAGAGUUAAAGAACUGUCGGGCAUAUUAGAUGGCUGGUUGGGACCAGAACUCACCGUUUUGGGUGAACUACGUUUAGAGGGCAUUUUAAUGGAAAGUAAUAAACCUCGUAGGGUUUUACUGUUUGCCACUAUGCUGAUUAUAGCUAAAGCCAAAGAGGACAAUCGUUUGCAGUUUAAAAGUUACAUACAUCAAAACAAUCUCAUGCUGAGCGAACACUUGGCUGGUGAACCAACUAGCUUUUAUGUAAUACCAUACGAUGAACCGCGCCACCAAAUCAAGUUAACAGCCAAAAAUCGUGACCAGAAACGCCUUUGGACUCAACACAUUAAAAGUGUCAUACUCGAAAAAUUCGAUAACAUUCCAUUAAGAGCCAAAGAGCUGGUUUAUCAGUUGGGCGAUGAGGAAGAUCGCAGUGCUGACAAAAAUACCUGGAAAUGGAGUUUGCAUACAACCUCCUCUACACCCACUUAUUUGGAAAGACGCAAUCACUUUAGACGCAGCGAAAUGCGUAAUCGUUCUAAGACGAAACGUAAAACGAUUUCAAACACAAAUUCCUUGGAUGUGUUUAGUGAAACCACGCCCACUAAGGAUGCUAAGAAUUUAACCAAAUUGAUAUCCAAGAGUGCUGAAAGCAUCAAUGACAACUCAUUGGCUUCAAGGGAAUCAGCGGUACUUGAGGAUAUUGUGCUAAGAUCCCAGGAAGAGGUAGACAACUGUAAAUGUGUUAAAAACCAAAAAUGUAAAUGUUGUGUCAAUCGAGAUAAAGACACAGCCAGUAAAUCGGCCCGGCAAUCGCACAAAACAUUUAGAUUCGGCAGUAAACCGUUAAAGGAACGCAGCAAGUCGGUGCCUCGCAUAAGUUUGCACAUAGAACAUUUUGAAAAAGUGGCCAGUGAGCAGGGCAAAGAAGUAGCCGUAACAACUGCCAAAGAGGCCAAAACAGUGAUUGAUGUAAAUCAAAACAACAGUAAAAACACAUGCACUAAACGUCUGUCUUCCCUAAAACGACAAAAGAAUAAAACAAAGGAGACGUCUACAUUCUACAUGGCUCUCAGUGAAUUUGAAGAUGCCAGUGAUACGGUUUUGAAAAUCACAGAAUCUUCGGAAAAUAUUUUGCACAAUGGCAAAUCCGAAGACAAGGAAUUGAGCAAGGAAAUGGCCAAAUCUACUAAUUUCCUACCCGAUGUUGUAAUGAAAGGCAAUUUAGAGGAGGAAAAUCAUGUAAUGUCUACUUCUUUUACAUUAACGCCCGCUGAUAAAGCCAAACAUGAUGCGGAAAUUGUAUUGGAUCUACUUAAGAACAGCAAGGAGUUUGAUAAACUGUAUGCCAAAAUACAAAAGAAACGUUCUUUGGAAAAAACUUUACAAUCUUCAAAGAGCCUUGACUUUAAAUUCAAUAAAACCGUGGACAGACUGGAAUUGCCGCCCGAAUUGCCACCCCGUCCUCCCUCCAGAUCUCCACCACCUUUGGAGAAUGAAAAAGACUGCAUGGAAUACAAGUCAUUGACUCUGGAAACAGAAGAUGAACCCAUAUAUGAAAGUCUUUUACGAAACGUACAUGUGCCCUACAAAUUCUCACCGCCUUUGGGACGCUCCAAGUCUGUGCAAUAUAAUAAGUGCAAGGAAAACAAGCAACCUAGUCCACGACCAGAAUCUGAUUAUGUAACUUUGGUGUAUACGGCCGAGGGUAUUUUACAAAAUGUAGGCGGUGAAGCAGUCCAUAAAUCUCCUACAAAAACCGAAAGUAAUUUAAGUCAACACAGUUCAAAUGCCUCGUCUACCACCACCCUUAAGGAAAGGGAUAGUUUUAACAAUGAGCUACCCAGUGAACAUAAUUCUUUGGAUUGUUCGGCUCAAAUGUCGGCCAGUUAUCACUGCAGUCCCAUUUACAGCUCUAUUAAUGAAGUUAAUCCUAAUCGCAGCAAUACUCCUCGCAGUCUGCUGAAACGUUUAUGGAGCAAUUCCACUCUGAUAGGGGAAGAUUUGUCUGCCAAUCGUCUAAGUCGUUCUGUUCAUAAUUUAGAGCGCCGAGGUUCGGAUAGUUUUGAAGUGGACAGACAUUCUAUACUACAUCUACCAGGCAGUGAGACUAUAGGUGAACGCAUGGCCCAUGUGGACUAUGCCGAUCCGCGCACUCUCUUCAACAUUAUCAAAUACGAUGAUCCGAAUCAAAUGCAAAGAGAUUCUGUAUUAUCUUUAACCUCUUCCAAUGACAGUGUGUGUGAGCAUAAGCCUGAUAAGGGAAAAUACAAAGAUGCUACCAACAGCUUUGAGUAUGAGGACAGUGUUGAAGCCUGUUUGGAAAAUGAUUUUCGCGAUUCGGCCAUUUAUAGUGAUGACAACGACAGACGUUUAGAUAAAUCAAACUCUUUUCGUAACAGUAAAAAUCCUCCUUUAAAACCCAAACCAGCUUAUGUGCCACCUCUUCCCCUUAAAACACCCUUAAAACCUGCCGAAUCGAAUAAGGAGUUUACAACAGCCAAACCAGCCGGACCAGGCGUUAUUAUAUGUCCGCCCAAUUUAAGCCCCACCAGCACCAGAAGUUGGGUUCUAAAACAAAUAGAUAAUUUUAGUAAAUAAAACUAAACAAAACUAAAUUUAAUGCAAUAAACAUUUCAUUCUAAACAUUUAAGCGUUGCCAUAUCUAAUUGAAAAUUAUUUAGUGUUAAAUUAAAUUUAAUUAACGAAAAAGAAUUGUUUGUCAAUAUCCAAAGACUAGGGGCUUUGAUCUACUCUUAUCAAAUGCCAUUAAUGUUAAAACUUCUUUUUUUUAUUACGAUUAACUUUUAUGAAAUUUUAUUACAUAUAAAAUAUGUAUUAUUAUAUUUCUGUUUAAAUUAAGUAUUAAUAUGUUAAGAUCUAUUACCUGUAUUUGCAACUUGCAUAAAAAAAGUCUGGUGGUAAAAAUCUAUUUGAAAAUUUAUAUAAAAUUUUUGCUUGUUUUACAUUAGUUGUAGCCAAUUUUUAUAUAAAUUUAUUACAAAAUAAAAACAUAAAACAAAGUAACUUAAUGAAUACUUAACGAAAAAUAUAAA